GUAUUGAGGUCUAUAUUGCUGGCCGGUUUGGUUUGGUUUUAAAAAAAUUGAAAAUCGGUCCAUGCAUCUUUCCUUGUUGGGUAAUAGCGGAGCUCCUGAGUGUGUAUAAGUUUGUCGGCAUGGAGUUUGAAUGAUUUAUUCGCUGAUGAAUAAUUCAAGAAAUUGGUGGCGGCCUUGUGGAGUUUGUCCAGUGUCUCCUCCCCCAUCGCGAGACAAUCGUGUAAAGCUGCCUUCUCGAACACCGUCGGUAGCAUGUGUAAUGAAUCUGAAACACCGGAGCAUGGUUUGGCACCUAGACAAGAUGGAGAGAUGGGUGGCGGAGCUGGCGGUGCGUGGGGGACAAGGAGAAAUCCAGCGGUGGGCAGAGGAGGUCGCCGAAAGUUUAACUUGGCAGCAGAGAUCGUUGACCUGAGGGCCAACGAUUAAGUUUCGUACUCCUUGCUAGGCCAUUUUGUCUUGAGAAAGCGUAGAUAUGGAUGGAGGGUGUUUUGGUCCCUUUACUUAAAAUUAGUCCUAGACGUGAGUUAAAAAGAUUUAGCUCCUAUUUAGCUCCCGAUGAAGAUAUUUAGUCCUAUUUAUGUCUUUCUCCCUAAAAAAAGCAAGAGCACGCAGCGGUCUUUCCCUUAUCUUAGGGUUCGAGAGUGUGCCAUCAUCGUGCGGCUUUUUCUUUAUCGAAGCAUCCAAGCGCCGACUUGGCCUGCUUCGUCGUUUGUGGUAGCGGGAAGGAUGGAGGGUGAGGUUGUGAAGAUGCACAGGGAAGAACGCGAGCACGAAGGGGAACCGGUGGAGAGCCUAGCCGACAAGUACGUGGGACGAGGAGAGUUGCACGAGCUUCGAAUAGGCCAGAUUUCGAUCGACAAUGGAGGAUCAAUUAGAGUGGUACCAAUGAUACGGCCUCCUCCUUAACCACCUUCAUGGGUUGUAUGGGGUGCUAGAGUCCGUGAAAAUUUUCGUAUUAGUAAUUAGGGAAAAGGGUCAGAUAGGGCCUCGAACUUACAAAAAAAUGUCAAAUAAGGUCUUAUAUAGGAGGUUCUGUCCGGCCGACACCAUUUAAGACGGUUUCCGGUGGACUUUUUCAAUGAAACUUUUUGAGCAUCUUACUUAUUAAAUCUAGUUUACUCAUACCAAUUUUCAGCCAAAACUUC